CUGUGUAGUUAGUUUGCACAUCUGCUAAGGUCACACUGCUCGCGAUUUGUUGAAUUUGUGAAUGUUUUGAAAUUAUGUUUGUUUUAACUAAAGAUGACGAAAAGUUUGUGUUGUUUCCUGGUAAAAAGGUGUACACCAUUGGUCGCCUGGCCACGGAUUUAAUUGUUGCGCAGGACCUCAGUAUAAGUCGCAAUCAUGCCCAGCUGCUCAUCCAAACGCAAGCGGAUGGCGAUUACUCCCUGCAUAUCGAGGACCUUGGCUCCAGAUAUGGCACCUUCAUUUUCCCCAAGAAUUCCCAAAAGCCGCGCAAGGUGCCUGCCAAACCAUCGCCUCCAUUGCCUGUGGGCACACGCUUGCGAUUUGGCGCAAACAUGAGCAUUUGGCAGGUGACCAAACUGAAGUUGGUCACAACUGUCUCCGCAUUGACGCGUCCCGAGGUCCAGGAGCUCACGAAGAUGCUUGAACCCAUGGGCGGCACGGUCACUUCGAACUGGACCGACGAGUGCUCCCAUCUCACCAUGAACGAAGUUUCGGUGACCGUGAAACUACUGCACGCUAUGCUCGAGAAUAAGCCGAUUGUGACAUUCCCCUACUGGCGAAAGAUGCUGCAGGCAGCGCAAAGCAUCCAUGUCAAGGAGGGAUGGCCACAGCCGGAGGAUUACCAGCCGACCAACAUAGAUGUCACCUGGCGUCCCGAGCGUACCCGUCUCUUCGCCGGCAAGACAUUCGUCUUCAUGAAUCGCAAACACUUUGAUAUGUACGGAUCAGUGGUGCAGAAGGCUGGAGCCACAUGCAAGGACAUCAAUUCGGGUGUCCGCAAAACAUUCCUAACCAAAAGUGAUGUGAUAGUCAUACAGUAUGUGCCUUCAUCGCAGUCCCAAGCCACUGAAUCAAUAAAUAGUAUACAAGAUAUUCUGGAGCAGAAUGGUCGACGUAUUAUCCAGGAGUACGAGAUUGGCAUGGCCUUAAUACAUUGCUCUAUAACAGAGUUCUGCAACCCAACGCACAAGUUCAUCUCCGAUUCAUUGCCCACCACGGAGUCUGUAACUUCCUCGAUGGCCUUUAACUCUUCGAUAAUUGUGCCCAACACGGAACGCCACUCGGCGCAAUCCAAUGCCACGCCCAUUUCCGAACUGGUGGUGCCCGAGUCAAUUGAAUGUGAAAUGGAACCAGAUGCAUCUAAGCCUAAUUCAGAGCCCCAAGCUUCCUUGCGUAAGCGGAGUCAUGCCUCAACAGUUGAUUCCUCGGAUGAGGAGAAGAAAUCAACAUUGUCUAAGCGAGCUAAAUCGGAGAUCGCUACGAAACUGACCAUGAAAUCAAAGAAUGCCAUAUUGUUGGACUCGUCUUUGGAAGAAGAUGUGACACCAGCUCAGGCGCCUGCUCCAGGUCAACGCGUAACAAGGCGGAGCAAAGCCAUCGCUGAGGAGAAAUCCGUACAUCUACCUGUUCCAGCUGCGAGUAAACACAUAACACGGAAGACCAAACAGGUUUUUUGUGUUGACUCAUCGGAUGAAGAGACCGAAAAUUCUCGGGAACCAAAAGAAACGCCAGCUCCAACUAUUCCUUCGCUGACCAGGAAGAAAACCGAAGCACCAGCUUCCACCAGGAUUUCACCACGUCUCAAUGGAAAAUCAUUGGCCACAAAUAUUACCAACCAACAGGCUGACAAACAUGCAGUGCCUCAAAAACGUCCUGUUUUAUCGGUGGCCUCGGGUGACGAAGAAGAUGAAGGGGACCUAUUUCAAUUCCGUAAAUCUCCACAGAAGCAAACAGAGUCUGUGGUUCAGCCAAGGUCCGCAGCCAAAAGCAAACCACCUGCCAGAAUCAGUGUAGUCGACUUUCUAGAGAAAUCACAGGCACAAGAACCCGCUCCAAUGCCACCCCAAUUGGAGUCCCAAUCCCAGACACAACCGCGCAAGCGUUUACGCCUUGAGCUGCUAAACGAAAGCGACAGCGAUGAUUGUGAUAAUCUUUUCAACUUUGCAGACAGCAAAAAGAAACGAAAGACGCAAGAGGCUCAGAAAAAUGAUGACUCCACCGAUGGCUUGUUUAACUUCAACUCUGAAAGACCGUCUGAUCAUGAUGAGGAUUCCCGGUUAACCGAACCCUUUGUACCCGAAACGGAAAGCAAGAAGCAAUCCAAGUACAUAGUGGCACCGCGUAGAGAUAGGCCCAAGAAAGUGGACAUCAGUGGUUGGUUAUCGUGUAGCAGGCUAAACGAUGAUAUCAAAUGCGAAAUAGAUGCAGACUCAGUUAAGAUGGAAACCUCUAUUAAGGCGGAUCCAGAUGAGGAGCAAUGGCUGGCCGCCAUGAAAGACAGCAUUGAGGUGCGCAUGUGCAACUUAAACAUUGUCAUUCGCUCCCAGGAGGAAGUGGAUGCUUCUCUUGAGGAUUCUGUGAACAAGCAUAGCGGCCGCAAGAACUUUAAGAAGUUUGUUAAGACCAAAAAUCCCCAUCCCCAAAAGCGAAUUGUGGCGCUUAAGAGCCUUCGGCUGGCUGAUGGUAUGGUAACCUGUGUUUAAUGUCGUGCCUAAACGUAAUUAAUCGUCGCUUGUGAAGUUACUUUAUUUUGUUAACAAUAAACUUGCGAAAUAUG